GAAGAAGCAGAAAAGGCCAGAUUAAAAUCCAAACUGAAAUCAGCAGCUCGCGACCGUAUCCAUGGCCCUCUCGAGCUCGCUCCGUGCCCUGGCCCUCGUCCCCCCUCCCCUCCCCUCCGCGCGCCCGAGCGGGGUCGCGGCCCCGGCGUCCUGUGCGCAGGGUCGGCGGAGGAGGGGGGCGGGGGUCGUGGCUCUGGCGGCGGCGCUGCCGUCGGACGCGCAGUGGCUGGAGCGGCUGCCGGAGAAGAAGAAGCCGCUGUACACGCACAGCCUGCCGUGCAUCGAGGCGUGGCUGCGCAGCAUCGGGUUCACGCAGUCCCGCGAGGACCCCGCCGUCUGGGUCGCCGAGAUGCCGCUCUGGCACGCGCGCCUCAGCCUCGACGUCACCGACCUUCACAUCAGGUACUUGAAAAGCGGCCCUGGAAAUCUUGAGAAAGAUGUCGAGAGAAGAUUCAGCUAUGCCCUAAGUAGAGAAGACAUCGAGAACGCAAUACUUGGAGGACCUUAAUCCAAUCACGGGGCUCAAAUUUAGGAUUCGUUUAGUCAUGUUUGUCCUUGAGCAAGGUUAACACUGGAGAAGUUGUACAACGCCCAUCAUUAAAGAGAUUUGCAUACUUCUCUUCCAUCAUUUUAAGAGAAAAACGGAUCAUGUGCCGAAAAUUCGGAAGUUAUAGUCUUGCCAAAAAAUGGCCACUGGAAUUGUGGGUGCCUUGGGGUGCCAUGCAUUUGGUUUGUUGGCGUCCAAGUGAAAAUUUACAUUUCAUUUUUCUUGUAAAACCUUAUGUCCUCCUUGAGCAGAAGUUUUUCACAUUUCUGUAAAAUUGACUUUGUCCUAUGUUUUUUU